AUUAACCAGACCAAGUUCUCCACCAACUUAGAUUACUUGAGAGAGUUCUUGUUAUAUCUCUUUUUGUUGUUGUUGUUGUUGUUGUUGUUGUUGUUGUUGUUGUUGUGAAAGAAAUUAAAAUGGCAAGUGAAGGCACAGCCAAUUGCAUAGACAUACUCCUGGCCAUCAUUCUCCCUCCUCUUGGUGUUUUCCUCAAGUUUGGUUGCCAUUCUGAGUUCUGGAUCUGUUUGUUGCUCACCAUCUUGGGUUACCUUCCUGGCAUCAUCUAUGCCAUCUACGCCAUCACCAAGUAAAUUAAUUAUUAAUCUCUAGGCCUCUUCAUCUUCAUGAUACUCAGGGGGAGAUGAAUUGGUUGUGGUGGUGGUGAUGGUGGUGGUGUGAUGUGUGACAGGUGGCUGGAUUAAUUCAAUGUUUAUCAUGUGUUUUGUAUAUUUCUGUUUGUUUGCUUCUUUUUCUUUCUUUCUUUCUGUUUUGGAUGGUCUAUUUUCAUCUUAGUUUAUUGAAUUCUGUCUUGAAACUUUGUUAUUGUUACAAUAAUAAAUAUAUAUAUUAAAAAGAUGUACUGUUGUUUGA